AUUACAGUGCCAGCCCUGGAACUCACAGUACCCCCACAGUCACGACUACCUGGCACUGCGGUACCCAGAACUCAGUGGAGGCCACUCCUACUGCCGUAACCCAGGGAACCAGCAGCAGGCGCCCUGGUGCCUGACACUGAAUGAGGCUGUACGCAUGGAGCUGUGUCACAUUGCUCUGUGUGACACACAGGAGCAGCCCAGUCGCAGCGGUGUGGAGACACUGUCCAUUCUGGUCCCCUGCGUGAUCCUUCCCCUGGCCAUCGCCCUGCUGUUCUUCUUCAUCUGCACCUGCCACAACGCCCAGAAGGCCCAACGGUCGCCUGUCCCACGCCAGCCCAAACCUGUCAGGGGCCAGAAUGUGGAGAUGUCCAUGCUCAGUGCUUGCAAGCCCAAGCAAAGCUAAGGAGCUUCCGCUGUCGGCUGUGCGCUUCAUGGAGGAGCUGGGUGAGUGCGCCUUUGGCAGGGUGUACAGAGGCCACCUGUAUCUGCCGGGGAUGGAGCAGGCCCAGCUGGUAGCCAUCAAGACCCUGAAGAACCCCUCCAGCCCGCAAAUGUGGGGUGAGUUCCAGCAGGAGGUGUCGCUGCUGGCUGAGCUGCACCACCACAAUGUGGCGUCCCUGCUGGGCGUAGUCACGCAGGACAUGCCCGUCUGCAUGCUGCUGGAGUUCCUGAGCCAAGGCGACCUGCGGCAGUUCCUCAUCUCGCGCUCGCCGCACUCGGACGUGGGCGGGUGCGGGCGACUACCUCUACGCCCCCAACAGGCGCCCGCUGCCGGUCCGCUCUAUGUCCCUGGAACCCAUCGCCUGCGGCACCUUCACCACCGACUCCGACAUCUGGGCGUUCGGCGUGGUGCUGUGGGAGAUCUUCAGCUUCGACCUGUGGCUUCAGCAGCCAGGAGGUGGUGGACGUGGUACGGCCUGAUGGUGGAGUGCUGGCAGGAGGGCCUCGCCCAGCGGCCUCGCUUCAGGGACUUCCACUCACAUCUGACUUGACCACGAAGGCUGGUUUCGAUUGGUGAUGCUGCCACAGCCGCCAUCUUGAAUUUGGUUUCCGCUCAUUUAACAGAAAACGCCUUUGUCGAUCAGGCAGAUUGCUUCAUAUAAACUGACAGAGAUUGGUAGGGAGUUUUAAAUCAAGGUUAUAGCUUCGACCAAGAUUUACGUCAAAUGAUAGGAGCCAUACAUUUCAGACUCGUUUUUGCAUUGUAUUUUCAUAUAUUUCUGAAAUAUAUAAUCGAUGGAUUAUUAUGCAUUUUUAGUGAUUUCUUAAUGACAUCUUUGUCUGUGCAGUGAGUUUCAUUAAUCCAAAAACAUGGCUGAGGCGCACUUUUUUAUGUACUAUUUUCAGAUACUCCCCUGAAUUUCAUUAUGGGGUGGUGCUGGGGUGUCUUUCAUGAUAUAUGAUAGGCCUACUACUUGAAUAACCAGGUUUAGGCAGAAGGGAACUUUGACAAAAGUGUACUUGGUUCACUUUUGAGCUGUCAUAGUAGUAAGCCACUAGUGCACAAUGGAUGUUUGUUACAUUUGAAUUUUUCUGAACUACAAGUAAGCCAGUUUCUCGAAGGCAGACUAGUGGAUCUAUAUUUAAACUAAAUGUGUAAGGCUUUUUUUCGUUUUU